ACUUUAAAAAUGUUGAUGUUUUUAAAUAGGUUGUCCAAGUUAUCAAAAUAUGGAGAAAACAACAUUUUUUCCUAAAUAUAUAUGAUAUCUGGGUUAAGGAGUCUCAACCAUGCUGAGAACAGCAGAUGGCGGUAACUCACCAAGUACGAGUUAAACUCGAAUAGAAGAAGAAAAAAACCGCAAAGAAGAAUAUAUCAUUUUAACACGUACCUCAACUAGGGUCACUGUCGGUUUUUUUUAAAACAAUGAUUUAUAUCAAUGUUCUGCGGCCAUUACGGCCGCGCUUUGUCCUCUUUCCCGGCUGCGCGCGCUUCCCGCCAGUCCGCCAUGCAGCCCAGGCGUCCGCGUGCUGUUUGAGAGGAUCGAGCCGGCUGCUCCUUCAGCCCUCAGCUGCUGCGGGAAGGCCGUUCUCCGUCCCCAUAAAGGUGUGGUCCUACUGUUCAAGCAGUCGCUGUCUCUCCUCAUCAGCGCCCCCAAAUGACGGGAACCUGAUCUACACUGGCAACUUGGGUGUUGCUGUUCGUGGCGUGAAGAUGUUCUCCUACACCACCAGUGCAGCCGCCCUCUUCCUCAUGCCUCAGAUCUUAUUCAAAACUGCCCUUGCGCUCCAGGGCUUGGCUGUUCAGGUGGCCUUUUGCGGUGUCAUGGGCUUCUUUACCUUCCUCACUCCCAUCCUUCUCCAUCUCCUCACCAAAGGCUACGUGAUCAGGCUGUACCACAACCCGGACAGCGACGUUUACACUGCUGUCACCUACAGUGUUUUCCUGUUUGAAAAGAAAACCAUCUUCCACCAAAAUCAAGUCCGUGUCCCAUCCGUCGCAAACAUGUUCACCACAUUCUACGCUGGUCGAGCAGGAAUGCUAGUGAACCCGGACUAUUUCCCGUUUCCGCAGGACUAUAACCACUUAAUGGGCUACGACAAGCCCUUCAGCUUUAGCCCAGACCACAUUGACUCUGACAGGAGCUGACGCUCACUGUUGUCCAGCUGAAGGAGGAGACAUUUGCUUAAGAUGCACAAACUGCUUCUCUACCAGUGAUGUGCUAAUAAAUUAUCAUCCUGUGGCACACA